UCGCCACACUGCGCGACGCACUGGCGCAUUGUUGACCUGUUGCCUGUAUUCUGGUAUUGCUGUAUCGCCACUAUCGCGGUGUUGUUGCCGGUCUCUCCCCCGACUUUUUGGAAAAUUGGUUCUUCAUCCGAUAGUUAAAUUAUUUUACUCAGGUUUAUCUAAUAUUUUUCUUGAAUGUGACUUAACAAUAUUGCUUGUAGACGUGGGAUCUUGGCAACAGCUACCGUAACGUUCAGACGUUAGAUAGCUUUCGGCCCUUCGGUAGACCAUUCCAGUCAGCCCAUACCGGUAUAGGCUAAAUUAACAACACAAUGGAUGAAUUGUAUCCUAGCUUAACACGUGCAAGUUUGGAUCAGAAUUACCUUCAUGCAAACUCGACAACUCAUGAGUUUCUUUUUGGGGCACUUGCUGAGCUAGUAGAUAAUGCAAGAGAUGCGGACGCUACAAAAAUAAAUGUUUUCACAACAAAAAAUGAAGAUGUUCGAGGUGGAUUCACUCUCAAUUUUCUCGAUGACGGAGAAGGAAUGGAUUCAAGUGAUGUUGCAAACAUAGUACAAUUCGGUCGUUCUUCAAAACGACUUUCCAGUGAUAACAUGAUUGGGCAAUAUGGAAAUGGUCUCAAGUCAGGUUCUAUGAGGAUUGGAAACGAUUUUAUGUUAUUUUCGAAACGGGGAAGAUCGUGCACUUGCUUGAUGUUGUCAAGAACAUUUCUCAACAGAGAAAGAAUUUCAAACAUUAUUGUUCCAAUGCCAGUAUGGGAUGCUGACAGUAGGAAACCUAUUUAUGAUACUGGAGGAAAAGCCAAGUACGACAUGGAGAUAGAAUUGAUCAAAAAAUAUUCACCAUUUAAAACAGAGAGAGAAGUCAUCAAACAGUUUGACAGUAUUAAAGACAGAACAGGUACAUUGAUUGUUCUCUACAAUGUGAAACUUCUCGAUUCUGGAAAUCCAGAACUUGAUGUUUUAACUGAUCCAACGGACAUAAGAAUGGCAGAGAUAGAUGAAGAAGACAAAAGCAAUUGGCCUGAAAGAGUAUCUUUCAAAGCAUACGUAUCAAUAUUAUAUCUCGAUCCGAGGAUGAAAGUUUAUAUCCAGGGAAAGAAAGUUCGAACGAAACGUUUGGCAAACUGUCUAUAUAAACCUAAAUCGUACAAAUACUCUUCAACAAGAUUUAAGAAAAGGUCAGAAGAUGAAGUUAGAAAAGCUGAAAACGAAUUUAAAUUAGCUGAAGAAAGAUGGAGAGAGGCAGAAAGUGACAGUAAAGACAAAGAAAAGAAAGUGUCAAUCAAAGCCAAUCCUAAGAAAGCAGAACUUGCCGAAUUAAGAAAUAAGCAAGAAAAAUCCAGACUUUUGAAAAAUGAAGUUAAUCAAUUGAGGGAUGAUUGGACAAAGAAAAAAGCGUCACUUAAAGAACCAAAGACGUUGGAUUUUAUAUUUGGUUUCAACAUUACAAAUCGAAAAUAUUACGGAAUGUUUAUUUACAACUGCAACAGACUGAUACGAAUGUACGAGAGGGUUGGACCGCAGAUUGAUGGAGGAGUGAAUUGUUCCGGUGUUAUCGGAGUCGUCAAUGUUCCAUAUCUUGUCCUGGAACCAACUCAUAAUAAACAAAAUUUUGCCGACAACAAAGAGUACAUGCAUAUGUUGAAGGCUAUGGGUGAUCAUCUGCAAUGCUAUUGGAGAGAAUCAAAAGUAAGCGAGGGAAAAGGUGUAAUGAGUUUUUGGGAAAAUUUUGGAUAUUUGUCCUCAUCUUGGUCUGAUGAACCAUCGAAUGAUCCCAGAUAUUUGCGAGCGAGAGCGAUGCACAUUCCCAAAGUUAUUCAAUGCGAUGGGUGUCGAAAGUGGAGGGUAUUGCCAUUUCAGUCUAGUGCAAUUGGAAAGGAACCUCCUGAGAACUGGAUUUGUUCAAUGAAUCCUGACUUGAAACGUAAUAAAUGUCAAUGCGCAGAAGAAAAACCUUCCAUUCCUGUAGGCGAAUUUAAAAAAGAAACCAAAUCGAUUGAACAAAAACGAGCGGAAAAAGAAGAAAAAUUACUCAAAAUGCAGAAAGAAAUUAAUAAAAUAUCAAAACUUCAAACCGUAUCCAGUUCACGAGACGCUCAACGUAAACUUUCAGAUGUCUCGUUUUCUCCUCCUAGAAGACAAUCAAGCAGAUCUAGUCGUAGGUCGCAGGAAUCUUCCGAAAGUGAAGAAGAAGAAGAAGAAGAGGAAUACAGAGCACCAUCGAGAAGAAGAAUCAAGAAUGAGGAAUAUGAUGACGAUGAUGAGCCUCCUCCACCACCAUCUCGACGUGGCGACUCAGCCAUAAAGAGAAAACUUCCUCCUCCUGCUCCCACGAGUAAUUACAAAACUCCGCCGAGAAAACUUUCUGCAGUUAUAUCAACUCCUAAUCAUGUUUCUUCAUCAACAUCAAGACAAAGUAAAGAAUAUAUGCCGGCACGAAAGAAAGCUGCCAUCGAACAAGAUGAAGAAUCAGAAGAUGAAGAUCUGGAGGAUGAAGAUGAUGACGCUCCAAUUCAAACAGUCAUUGGACAAAUGGUUGAAGUUGAUAUCAGUGGGAAAUGGAGGGCUGGUCGUAUCGUUUCAGCUAAAAUUACUAAAUCAGAACCUACAAAAUGGAGAAUUAAGUUUGAUCAACAUCCACAGGACCGAUUUGACAAGUGGUUGGAAGAAGGGUCAGAUCAUCUACGUUUUGUGAAUGACGUCAAACUAGCUAAUGGUAUGACAUCGCAUAAUGACAAUCAAGAAGCUUCUGGGACAGCAUCAAAUGAACAGCUUCCUCACUCAUCAACAGAUUCUGGAAACAUACCAGCUGGUGGUCAACUUGUUACCGAGCAACAUGAAAAUGCUUUAGGAAAACUGAGAACUUGCCUUCGUUAUUUCCUCCCUCCUCAGUGGAAAAUGCCAAAAGAGGAAAUCAACAAUUUAUCUCUUCAAGAACUCGUCGAUUUUCCAAUGGAUGAUUUCUUUGAUCAUUACGAAAAAGGUCUUCGAAAACUUGUCAGUAAUUUUCGCACACAAGCUGAUCAGCAAAGAUCAAUAGCAGCCAAUGCUAAAAAGGAAUUGGAAACUGCCAGAAAAUUACUGCUCAAUGUCUUGAAGAAAGUUGAUUCAAAUACUCCUGAAUUAGAAGGUGAAGCGUUGAUGUCUCAUGCUCAACAGUUCGUUGACGAUCAUACAUGACCGAUCCUCUGAUCUGCUCUCUACCUAUAUUCUGGCCCAGCAAGAAGAAAAAAAUCAAUAUGCUAGCCAUUCUACUUUGUUGUAGUCGUACUACAUAGCUGCUAUACAAUCAGCUUCUAUUUCAUCAUGAAACAUUCAUUUUUUUGUUCAUCAUCAAGUUUGACCAACCAUGUUUUUAAAUGUUUCAGGCUUAAAUUAGAAAAGUCCAUUAGCGGCUUAAUCGUUUCGUUUUAGUUUUGAAUGAAGGAUAUGUAAAACAAAAUUGGGUUCUUCCAGAUUCGGGUCUUACAAAUUCUGAAUCUCCACAAUAUUUGGACGUCGGAAAGCAGAGGCCGGUUUCGGAGUUAAGUUCCAUUCAACGCUCGAUUUUUAACUAUGGGUAACAAAACUUUACUUCCACUUGAGGAUAAAAAAAAUUGGCUCUAAAAACUCUCCUUUAGGCAAGCCUGUUCCAGUUCAUAACUUUGACCAUGAAGUGUGGAAUUCCAAUCCCCGAAUGUUCAAAUAAAAGUAUGACUCCUCGUAAGACCAGUGAUAUACUCCAGACCAAGGUGCUGGAAUCGAAAUUCCUGGGAUUGGGGUCUGAAUUCCUAACAGUCAAUUUUGGAAUGCUUGCAUACAGUUUUUUUAAAUUUAAAUUUCUUGUGGUUUGGAGCUGGAGUCGAAACGUCUUCGAAAUGGGAGACCAAGUCAAAGUACUUGUUAAAUAGAAGUUGUUUAUGCUAUAAUUGUGUUUAUGGCUCAUUAUGGUAUUUUCGUUAAAAUUUCUGUGGUUUAUGUUCGUUCUGCACCAUUCUGUCUUAGUUUAUUUCUCUUCUAAUUCUCCACUAAUCACCUAUCAGGGAACUAAAAGUAUACAAAUACUAAUUGCAACAUUUGAAUAAUAUUUGGUAUCCCCAAUUCCUAUAGCAUACAACAUAUCAUGUUUUUUUGCAACAAACUAGGUUUUUAAGAUGUUAACAAAGAUUGUAUACUUCUUGAUCAACACGUCUCAGUCCAUAGGUUUGUGUUCAAGAUUUCUUUGAAACUAGCAUUUCUUGGUAUGAAAAAUAUUUUAUCAUGUGUGAAUACCUUUAGCUGAUUUUAGCAUCGGUUAAUAAGAGUGUACAAAAGUUGCCUUUUGUAUAUUUUAUGUAAUGUUUUUAAUAAACAAACCAACAUA